AUGUCACUCCAACCGCGCAACCUCUUCUCCCACCUCCCACCCCCCGCCGAAUGCCUCGCCCUCUUCAUCGCAACCCUUGAAAUCUUACCCUUUGGCCUCCUCGGCUUGCGCAAUCCCACCUCCUUCGCCGACGGCUACGGCCUCCCAAUCACUACCACACUCCCACCACCAUCAUCCACCACUUCAUCUUCCAAAUCAACAAAACGCACAUCUACAUCUACAUCUACAGCAUCACAAAACAAACAAGACGACGACACAAAGAAAGCCCUCGUAGCAGCAAUCGCAGCGCGCAACGUGCAAAACGGAGUGUUACUAGCGGUGUUUGGGUUGGUGCUACGGGAUCGCAGGAGUUUGGGUGUUGCGGUUUUGGCGGGGUUGGUAGCGACGGUUGCGGAUACAGUGAUUGUGCAGGGGUAUGGGGUUAGGGAUAAGGUUCUGGGGCAUUAUGUUGGCGUUUUUAAUAGUCUAGCGAUUGGGGGCAGUUUGUUGUAUUGGGGGCAGAAUGAUCCGUUGUGGUGA